UGGGCUACGCGGGUUGUGAACGCCUCUUAUCGCGCCGGGCCUGGCCAGCCCCAGGCCCGCUCCGGCCCACGGUGUCGGUCGGCUCAGGUGCUGGGGCGGAGAGCGGAGGUGAGGUGAGGUGAGGUGAGGGGGCGGGCCCGCGGCGGACCGGGAAGAGCCUUGGCCUCAACUGCGGUCAUCCCUCUCGCGCACACGCGCCACGUGGGCCCGCGGCCUUACGGCGAACCCUGGGCUGCGUACAGGGACGUCCGCACUGGCUGUUUCAGAGUAGCCCUGUGAGCGCCGCUUCGCGACUUAGUUUCCCUUUUUAUGGACUGAGAAGCUGGAGCUCAGGGACGUAGCCGCGCCAGGGUUUGAAGGAGAUCGGGUUUAGUGGACUCCGGAGGCCGCGCUCUUAUCUAUGAGGCUAAAUCCUUUAUGAAACUAUUAUUCGCAUCCUACCGACAACUGGAGCUCAGAUUAAAAAAAAAAGUCUUGCUGAAGGAACAUAUUGUACAGUUGCAAAAUGUCGAGUACUGUGUCCUACUGGAUUUUAAGUUCUGCAAGGAAUGGCAUUGCCACAUUACAAGGGGGGCAACGUUUAUAUUCAAGGUGUGCCUCAAAUAGGAUUAAAUCAAAAUGGAGGCUCUUUGCCCGGGGGCCAGCCACCUUAAAAAACAAUGCCCCAUGUGAUGAUGGCCUUGCUCUGCGGAAAGCCUAUAGACACACCUCGACAGAGGAAGAGGAUUUCCACUUGCAGCUCAGCCCCGAACAGGUAAAUGAAGUGCUUAGAGCUGGUGAGUCGGCACACAAGAUUCUUGACCUCGUCAGCAGAGUCCCAAAUUCAGUAUUGAGGUUUGAGAGCAACCAGCUGGCUGCCAAUUCCCCCGUGGAAGACCGGCGAGGUGUAGCUGCCUGCCUGCAGACCAACGGGCUGAUGUUUGGCGUCUUCGAUGGACACGGUGGCCACGCAUGCGCUCAAGCAGUGAGUGAGAGGCUCUUCUACUAUGUGGCAGUGUCACUGAUGUCCCAGCAGACACUGGAGCAGAUGGAGGGGGCCAUGGAAAGCAUGAAGCCUCUGCUGCCCAUCCUGCAGUGGCUCAAGCACCCAGGGGACAGUAUCUACAAGGAUAUCACGUCACUGCACCUUGACCACCUCCGUGUCUACUGGCAGGAGCUGCUGGACUUGCACAUGGAAAUGGGGCUGAACACUGAGGAAGCAUUAACGUACUCCUUCCAGAGACUGGAUUCUGACAUCUCGCUAGAGAUCCAGGCCCCCCUGGAAGAUGAGAUGACCAGGAACCUUUCACUCCAGGUUGCUUUCUCCGGGGCAACGGCUUGCAUAGCCCAUGUCGACGGAAUUCACUUGCAUGUGGCGAAUGCCGGUGACUGCCGGGCCAUCCUUGGUGUCCAGGAGGACAAUGGCAUGUGGUCUUGUCUCCCCCUCACCCGGGACCACAAUGCCUGGAAUCCAUCUGAGCUGUCUCGGCUAAAGAGAGAGCAUCCUGAGUCAGAGGACAGGACAGUCAUCCUGGACAACAGGCUGCUGGGCGUCCUCAUGCCCUGCAGGGCCUUCGGGGACGUCCAGCUGAAGUGGAGUAAGGAGCUGCAGCAAAGCGUCCUAGAGCGGGGCUUUGACACCGAGGCCCUCAACAUUUAUCAGUUCACACCCCCCAACUAUUACACUCCACCUUACCUGACAGCCAAGCCUGAGGUCACAUACCACAGGCUGAGGCCCCAGGACAAGUUCCUUGUGCUGGCCUCGGAUGGCCUGUGGGACGUGCUGGGCAAUGAGGAUGUGGUGAGGUUGGUAGUGGAGCACUUGGCCGAAGGGGGUCGGCACAAGCCAGACCUGGCCCAGCGACCCGGCAACCUGGGACUCAUGCAAAGCCUGCUGCUGCAGAGGAAAGCCCAGGGGCUCCAGGCUGCUGACCAAAAUGCUGCCACGCGCCUGAUCAGAUACGCUAUAGGGAGCAACGAGUAUGGGGAGAUGGAGCCGGAGCGGCUGUCAACCAUGCUGACAUUGCCCGAGGACUUGGCCAGGAUGUACAGGGAUGAUAUCACUGUCACUGUGGUGUAUUUUAACUCCGACUCAAUUGAUGCAUCGUACAAAGGGAGUUAAGGGUCUCCCAUCCUAUUGCCAAAGUUAACUUAAAUGCUCUUUUAAGACAUUUUCACUUACUCUUAAACUGGCUUUUGAAACCUUAGUGUUAAAAGGGCAGGCAGAUAUAGCUUGCUUAGUAAGAGACUAACAUAAGAGAAAAAAAAAUUUAGGUUUAAAAACACUAGCGGUGAUUUUACAUCCCUGAGUGUUUUGGUGUCCUCUUCUAUGCAGAGAGAGCAGAGCACAGAGACCAGAGAAUUGGCUUGGGCUCGUGGAACCCAAGUCCUUUUAUAAAGACACUGGUGUUAAACUGCCAGCCUGAGCCCUUGAAAGGUGUAUUUAAUCAUGGUUCUAAGAAUAUGAAGGACUUCAAAAUCUCCUGGGGUCUUGCAAAAUCUGCAAACUUGAUAAUUCUCCUCAAUUCACAAUCAUGGAUUUCUAGACUAUGAAGGGAAGUUUUGUUUGUUUUUUAUUUUAAAGUUACUAAAAGACCUAGGUUUACAAAGCAUAUUGCAGAAUACGUUUCUAUGCAAUAUUGUAACUUUUUGUGUGUGAUUUUACUUGUGAAAACAUUUUGUAAUGCUGCAUUCUAGUUCAGAUUUAGUUUAUCUCGAAACUGAGUCCUUAAACUUGCAAACAGGGCCUGCUGUAAACAAGCAUGCUUAGAAUGAGUUUUCUUGGUUUUCAGCUGAGGGUGAAGGCUGCCAGAGCUCUGAACCAGCUGAAUUUAUUUGUGUUGCUUUGGGGCCCUUCCACUAAGUCCUACCCCCUGAACCUUUGAGCUGUGCUAGGAGAUCACUUCUGUCUGAGCCUUAACUCCUGGCCUCCUGCAUUACUAAAAUUUCCUCUGGGGUUUAGUAAAUCUCUGCAGAUGUACUCACAGCACUUACCCUUUCUGAUUAUACCUCUCAAACAUUCUUCUAAUUCCUCCUAAUGCUCUUUCCCCCUCAUUUAUGCUGAACUCCCUCACCCUGCUGCUGACUGUGCAAUACUGUCUAGAAAGAAUGCUCCCACUCUGCAUGGUUGCAGGGAAGGAGAAAAUUUCAACAUUGCAUGUGGUGACCAUGACAGGUAGUUUAGGCAGGACUUGCUUAUGCCGUAGAUUGUGGACUUUAGAUUCAGCCUGAACCUGGAGAGGGGAAAGCAUGGACCUGAGAACAGUCACUAACCAGGGCUCACUAGUUGCAUCUGGAGAGACACAGGGAGGACGAGAUUUGUCUGAUGGGACACUUGCCCUCAGACUGGGGAUAAAUCGCCAUUGCUACUUCUGGGGAACCAGACCUUAUUUAGUACAGGAGUUGGGGAAGAACCAGAUGUAACUAGUAAUGGCUUUCUUGGGCUGCACAGUCUGUGUUUAUUUGAAAAUUAAGCCACGUGGAUCCUUUUUUGGGAGGAUGAACUUCAUGGUCUAAAUUGCUGUAGCAUUUCAACAACAGGAAACGUGUCCCUAAAUGGAAACACAACUAUAAUCCCAUAAAACUGACACUUUUUAUGUUCCUGCUCAAUCUUAAAUUGAUCUGUCUCCUCAUCUCAACUCCCUCGAGCCACCCACUGAAAGGAAAGCAAAUAGCUAGGUUUGACUUCCUCAUGUUCACAUUUAGGACAUUCAGAUGCUGGGAAACUUCCAGCCGGGGAUAUUUCCAUUUGUUUUCCAGUGCAGCUGUUUAGUGAUACGGCUUCAUCUAAGAAAUUCUCUUUUGAGUGCUUAGGCCUUGGUCCUUUUAUUCUGAAACAAUUAAUAUUCCUUCUGAUCCCCUAGAUCUUAAUUCAGAAAUAAGACAUGAAUCACCAUCUCUCAGCUUGCAUGAAGGUUUGCUACUAGAGCCGAAGACUGCUUGUCUGCAGGUCCUUUGUUCUUUAUGCCAGAUGAACCCUGACGCACCCUCGGAGCAGUUACUGGGCUUUUAUAUACUGAGUGUCUGAAUCCUGUUAUGGAGCCUAGUGUGGGUCAUAAAUAUAGCUGAUUAAGUAACUUGUGGGACAGCUGAGAGAAUGCAGACUUCCCACCUGUUUCUUCAAGUGGAUCUGGGUUUUCUCUGCUAAUAGAUUUCCUGCUUUCUAAUUGGUGUAUUGAGAGAGAAGAAAGGCUGCUUUAUCAUCUGCUUUUUCCCACUGUGAACCCCGUCUGCUCUUGGCCAUGAAUGCUCCAAGGAGCACCUCCUUCUGGUUAAACCCCAGCAUCUCUGACCCCCUGACCACCAUUCUACUGUCACUGGCCUUCCUGAGGCAUAUGGGCCACCGCUUGAGGACACUGGGAUUUGAGGGGGGGGGGUGGUACUUGUCAGGUCUUCCAAAACACGUAUCAUUCCUUUUAUGUAAAGAUUUUGAUAUUGAGACUUCUAAAAUGAACUAAAAAAUGAGAUUGCUUAAUAUUUAGGAUGUCACUUUCAAAUAAAGUAUGCUUUGGUGCUUUAAA